UUAUACGGGAGGGAUCUCAGAUUGUUUGCGAUGCACAAAAAAAAGCUGAUUUAUUUAAUGAAUAUUUUGUAAGUGAAGCGAACGUUGAUGACACAUAUCAUGAACUACCAGUCCUAGAUUAUUAUUCUAAUCACACAGAUAAAACGUUGUCUAUAGUUCAAACAACAGAGGAAGAAGUGAUUAAUCUCCUCUAUAAAGUUGAUAUUACAAAAGCUAGCGGUCAUGAUGGUAUUGGCAAUAGAAUUAUUAAAUUAUGUAGCCGUAGAAUUGCCAAAACAUUUACAUGUUUAAUUAACACAAGUCUCCGAAUAGGAGAGUAUCCAACUGAAUGGAAAAAAGCAAAUGUAACUCCUGUCUAUAAAAAAGAUGGUCAUCAAUAUAAAAAGAACUAUCGUCCCAUAUCACUUUUGCCGUCUAUAUCCAAAAUACCAGAAAAAAUUGUAUUCACUAGACUAUAUGAAUUUUUAUUAGAAAUUAAAUUUCUUAAUGAUAUUCAGUCCUGUUUUAGACCAGGAGACAGCACUAUGAACCAACUUACGUAUAUAGUUCAUAAGAUCUAUGAAGCUCUAGAAAUGGGUAAAGAAGUCCGUAUGGUGUUUUUAGAUUUUAGCAAAGCGUUUGAUAAAGUAUGGCAUAAAGGUUUAUUGUAUAAAUUAAAAUCUCUUGGAGUAAAAGACCCACUUUUAAGCUGGUUUUGUAGUUAUUUGUCUGAUAGAAAACAAAGAGUUGUCAUUGAUGGGCAAUGCUCGAGCUGGCUUAGUGUUGAAGCUGGUGUUCCACAAGGUUCAGUGCUCGGGCCAUUGCUUUUUCUAAUAUACAUAAAAUGA